GGUUUUGUUAAUUGCUGCUAUUUUUGAAAUAUUGGAGUUUGAGGAUAGUUGAUUAGCCUCAAAUUAAUUCCAACUUCUCGGCUUCUUUCUAACUCAUAAAAAUUUUCAAAAUUUUAGCAAAUAAAUUUUCAAAAUUGGUACCAAUUUUAUAUUUGCCACUCCUUGGCAAAAACCCUUUUGAUAAAAGCGUGGGUUACUAUUCUUCCGACCGUAUAUUCAAGAACCCUUCGGAUGAAGCCGUACGUUACUCUACGUUCGAUCGUAUUUGCAAAAGCCCUUUUGAUGAAAUCGCAGGUCACUAUUCUCUGGAUUGCAUUUAUAAAAACCCUUUUGAUAAAGCCGUGGGUUACUAUUCCCUCGAUCGUAUUUGUAUGAAACCCUUCUGAUGCAGCCGUGAGUUGUUGUGUCUUCGAUCGUAUUUGCAAAAGCCCUCUGAUGAAGUCUUGAAUUACUGCAAUUUCGAUCGCAUUUGCAAAAACCCUUUUGAUGAAGCCAUGUAUUACGAUUCCCAUAAUAGUAUUGGCAAAAAGCUUUUCGAUGCAGCCGUGAAAUACUAUACCUUUGAUUGUCUUUGCAAAACCAUUUUGAUGAAACUGUAGAUUACCAUACCAUCAAUAGUCUUUGAAAAAACCUUGUUGAUGGAGCCGUGCUGCAUUAUUCCCUGGAUCAUAUUUGGGAAAACGAAUUCUUAAAAACCGUGGAUCAUUCUACCUCAUAUCGUAUUUGAAUGAACGUCGGUCUAAAGAUAUGAAGAACAAAUACCCUUUAUAAUUUCAAGAAUGGUCCACUUCAAAAACCCACGAUCACAUCAACGGCUUUUUCGUAUAUGCGACGUCUAUAAAUCCUUCGAAGGUUUGUACAAUGUUGAAGAAAAGACAAGACUUUUGUACUAUACUAUUAUUUUUUACAGUGCACACCCACACCUACACCCACACUCACACCCGCACCGACACCGACCGCCGCACCCACACCCACACCCACACCCACACCACACCACACCACACCACACCACACCACACCCACACCCACACCCACACCCACACCACACCACACCCACACCACACCCACACCCACACCCACACCCUAGAUGGUUAAAAAAUAUGUUUCUAGUCGAUUGAAAGACAAGGAUCUUGGGUUCAAACAUUUUAAAAGCACAAAGGUGAUAGAUAAUACUGUACGAACAUCAAUUGAACAUGUAUCAACAACAAUAGAAAAAAAACUAAGAUUAUCUCGUGCUCAGCUUCUUACUAAAUCAACUGCAACAACACAAACCACUAUUGAAGAUGAAGAUGAACCAGUAUCAUAUGAUAUUCCAUACACAAAUGUUAAUAUUAUCGUUAGCAUCAACAUGAUACUGGAUUUGGUUAAUAAACUUCGUUGUCCUUCAUGUGGUCGUGUUGGGAAAAUGUCUGAGAAAGUUACUCAACGUCGUGGUCUCUUAUACCAUAUCACAUUUUCAUGUAAGUGUUCAUAUGAAACACAUUUUAAAAAUUCAACAGAAUUGGUUCAUUCAUCUACUUCACGUAUAGAUGAACUCAAUAU